CUUUUACAUUCUAAUUAUUCAUCACAAAUUGUUGUUGCGAUUUGAGUUGGUGAAGGGAACAACUUAUAGAGAAAGAGAGAGAGAUAAAGAAAGAGAGAAAAAGAAUGGAUACUCGAAUAGAGGAGAUUGAUUAUUGGACACGCUUAGAAAACUUGUUGAAACAGUAUUUAUCAGAGUCUCAAGUUCGAAGGAUUUUGAGAACACUGGAACGAAAACAUACAUCUUUAGUUGACAGUAUUUCCAUUGACGAAAUGGAGGAGCUCUUAAGAAAGAGCCAAGGAGGAGGGCCAGUUGGAAGUGACAAAAGCAGCAGAUAGCUUCUAAACUUACAAUUCUUGGAGCCUU